AACCCAGGCGGUAAGGGCAUUGGGGCCGGCUGGCCCUGGGCGCGCCUGCGCCUUGGCAUGCGGGGCGGCCGGAGGCGGGGCCGAAAGAGGGGAGGGAGGGAGGCGGGGGGUGGGAACAGGCCGCAGAAGCCCGAGCCCUGACCCACCGGCGGCUGCGGCGGCGCCGCGCCGGCGCCCCCCAUGCGCCAGACGGCAGGACGGCGGCGUCGGGGGGCGCCAUGGCCUCGGCGGCGGCGGGCGAAGCGGAGGAAACCACCCGGUUGCGCAAGCCGCGCUUCUCAUUCGAAGAGAACCAGAUCCUGAUCCGCGAGGUGCGCGCCCACUACCCGCAGCUCUACGGCGCGCAGAGCCGUCGGGUGAGCGUGGCAGAGCGGCGGCGCGUGUGGGACGGCAUCGCCGCCAAGAUCAACGGUAUCACCAGCUGGAAACGCACGGGCCAGGAGGUGCAGAAGCGCUGGAACGACUUCAAGCGCCGCACCAAGGAGAAGCUCGCUCGCGUGCCGCACUCCACGCAGGGCGCCGGGCCCGCCGCGGAGGACGCCUUCUCCGCGGAAGAGGAGACCAUUUUUGCCAUCCUGGGGCCAGGUGUGGCGGCGCCGGGGGCAGGUGCUGGGGCGGAGGAGCCCCCUGCGGCCCCCUCUUCACAGCCGCCGCCCCCAAGCGCCUGCCCCCAGCGCUACGUGUUGUCGGAAGACCGCCGGGAGGACCGACGUGCAGAUACAUCAGCCCACAGCAAGGGGGGCUCCAGCAGCCCGGAGCCAUGGGCCCGGCCCUCCUGCACUCCCCAGGAAGGGGGCUGCCCACGGCCCAAGGAGCGUGAGUCCCCACCCCCUUCGGCCCUGCAGCCGGUCCAGCUGCCUCGCCUGGCCUUGUCUCCACCACCCCCAGCCCCUCCACUGCCACCCCCACCGCCACUGGCCCAAGUGGCACCCUCACCCCCUAGCCCCCCACCCCCUCCUCGGCCUCCACCCACGCUCUCGGCCUCAGACCCCUCCCUGGACUUCCUGCGGGCCCAGCAGGAGACUGCCAACGCCAUCCGGGAGCUGGCCGGCACCCUUCGACAGGGACUGGCCAAACUGAGCGAGGCCCUCAGCGCUCUGCUGCCCCUUCUGCCAGGAACCCCAGUUGACUCCCUGCCUCCACCUCUGCCCCCACCCCCACCCCCACCGCCACCUCCCAGGCCUGUCCUGCCCCCACCAGCCCCCAAGGUGGAGAUCACCCCAGAGCCCGUGUCCGUGGUGGCUGCUGUGGUGGACGGGGCAGUGGUGGCAGCCAGGGGAGUGAUCAUUGCCCCAAGGAGUGAGGAGGGGGCACCCCGGCCACCCCCAGCCCCGCUCCCUCCGCACGACUCCCCCCCACACAAGCGGAGAAAAGGUUUCCCUACACGGAAAAGGCGCGGCCGAUGGAAAUCUCCGUGAAAUCUACUAUCUAUGAUCCUGCCUGCAACCCCUCUCCCCAGCUUGGUGCAGUCGAGGGGGGUGAUGCUCUCUGCCCAUCCCAGCUGCACCCUAGCUCCCUGCUCCAGGGAUGUGAGCACCCACUCCCUGUGCUAGUUAGUGCCUGAUUCUCUGGGGGGGGGCCUCAGUAAUGGGCCCCCCCAACCCCUUUCUCUGGUACAGUGCUGUCUGCCUGGCUGCCUCCCUUAACCCUGACUUCUAAGCCAUCAAUUUCAUGUUAUUUAUUAUUGCCCUAUGUGGGGUGGGGAGGGAACCUCUCGGGUCUGCACAUCUCCCCUUCCCUAACAGUUCCUGUUCUUGACUUGAAGAGAAUUGACCCGUGGGGGACUCCCCACCUCCCCAACCCAGACUUUGGAGCGGGUGGGAGUUGUAAGACAAAUCAAAAUAUGGAUGACAAAGAGGAUAUAGCCGUGUAUACCCCAGGGAGAGGAGGCGCCGAGUUCUGAUGGGAGAGGUACAGGUUGGGUUCUCUGCCUACCACUGCUGUCUCUGACUUCCAGAGCUCAACCCCCUCCUUUCUCCCAGUGGUGACAAGAUAUCAAUAAACUUAUUUUUAAUACAA